GGAUGAGCUUCUGCUCCUGCUGAACACCGCGGACCUGUUUAUGCUUUUUUUUUUUAAAUACUAUUUUUUUAAUGAAAAAGUUUAAAAAAGUAGCUUAAAAACUUUUUUAAAAACUUUAUUUUUAGUUUAAGGCUUUUUUUUUACUGGUGAAACUUUAUUUGAAGCUGUAUUAUUUUGUAUUUUGUAGUUGGAAACUCUUUUAUAUAUAUAAUAUUUUGUAUUUUAUUAGGAUUAUCCUCUUAUUAGUAUUAUUUCAGAGCUUAUUAUUAUUUUUAAAUCAUAGUCAGGAUCAUGUGGACGUUUCUGGGUGUAGCGAGUUUCACCUACGUGUAUAAGAAGUGUGAUUUUAUUGUGAAUAAUGGGCUGCUGGUGCUGCUUCUGCUGGGUCUGCUCGCUGUCAGCACUGUGCUGACCCUCAGGAAAGCCCCCCAGAUCUCCCAGCUCGCCCUGGAGCUUCUCUCAGCCUUACCUGUGACCAGCAAGAUCUUCAGCAGAUCAGACACCUGCAGCCGGAAACACACACCUGACAACAGCAAACAGAAAGGAGUGAGGAGGAGGAGGAGAGCAGAAGUGAAGAGCUGUCUGAACUCGGACCCUGGCUCCUCAGUGGACCCCUGCAGUGAGGGGCCGGAGGUGAUCAUAGUGGGUGCAGGUGUUCUGGGGGCAGCGAUGGGGGCGGUGUUGGCGCGGGACGGGCGGAGGGUCACUGUGGUGGAGAGGGACCUGCGGGAGCCGGACAGGAUCGUGGGGGAACUGCUACAGCCCGGCGGCUUCCGGACCCUCAGAGAGCUGGGGCUGGAGGAUGCAGUAGAAGGCGUGGAUGCUCAUGUGGUCUGUGGGUAUGUUGUUCACGACAGAGAGAGCUGUUCAGAGGUGGAGAUUCCGUACCCUCAGGAUGAGGGUGGUGUCCAGUGCCGGGGCCGAGCCUUCCACCAUGGUCGCUUCAUCAUGGGCUUGAGACGGACCGCUCUCAAAGAACCCAAUGUGACGUUUGUGGAGGGGACAGUGACCAGUCUAGAGGAAGAGGACGGCUGUGUGACUGGAAUUCAGUACAGAGAGAAGGACAGUGGAAAACUCAAGGAGAUCUAUGCUCCACUGACGAUAGUCGCUGAUGGCUGUUUCUCCAAGUUCCGUAAGAACCUCACCUCAGGGAAGGCCAAGGUGUCCUCCCACUUUGUUGGCUGUAUAAUGAAGGACUGCCCCCAGUUUAAAGCCAACCAUGCAGAGCUGGUCCUGGCAGAUCCCAGUCCAGUACUGAUCUACCAGAUCUCCUCCAAUGAAACCAGAGUUCUGGUGGACAUCAGAGGAGAGAUGCCUCGAGAUCUGUCUGCGUACAUGGUGGAGAAGAUUCAUCCUCAGUUACCAGAGCACUUACAGGAGCCCUUCAUGCUGGCCCUGCAGAAUGACCGAUUGAGGACAAUGCCUGCCAGCUUUCUGCCACCUGCACCAGUCAAUAAACCAGGGGUUCUGCUGUUGGGAGAUGCCUACAACAUGCGUCAUCCUCUGACCGGAGGAGGGAUGAGUGUAGUGCUGAAUGACGUUCAGAUCUGGAGAACUCUCCUCAGGAACAUUCCUGACCUGUAUGAUGACCAGGCGGUGCUGCAGGCGAAGAAGAAAUUCCACUGGGAGAGAAAGUCUUCACACUCGUUUGUUGUGAACGUGCUGGCCCAGGCCCUGUACGAGCUGUUUGCUGCUACAGACAAUUCUCUGCAUCGACUCAGAAAAGCCUGCUUUUGCUACUUCAAGCUGGGUGGGGAGUGUAUUAAUGGACCCAUAGGACUCCUGUCUGUGCUCACACCCAAACCCAUGACUCUGAUUGGACACUUCUUUGCUGUGGCCUUGUACGCCGUCUACUUCAGCUUCAAGUCGGAGUCGUGGCUGGCCAUGCCGCGGGCUCUGCUGAACAGUGGUGCCAUCCUGUACCGUGCCUGUGCCGUCAUGUUCCCCCUCAUCUACUCAGAGUUCAAGUACCUGGUGUACUGAUCCAAAAGGAAACUAAUUAAUGGUACAAACUGGCAACCUAAAGACUUUUAUCUCCUGACCUGCCUUCGUAAAGAGAGCUCUGUGAGCCUUAUUUUUAUAAAUAAACCCAUAAAAAAAAACACAAAAAAACCAGAAAGACACAAUAUGACAAUAUGAACCUUAGACAAUAUGUGCCUUAGACUGUAUAACAGAUUUACAUUCACUAUAGACAAAUCAACUGUCUGUCUGUUCAGGAAGGACUGAACACAGGGGCCUUAAAUCUGCUUUGCCUUUUGAAAGGGACUAUCAGCUUUAAAAAGCACAUUUUUACAGGCAUACUGACCAAUCAGGGCCCUGCUGAUGUAAGAAGAGCUCAUAUUAAACUGCUGUAAUGCUGUG